UUUCAGGAUGUCUAUUAAAGAAGUGACAGAGACAUGUCUUUAGUGGAAAAUACCUCAGAAGGGGUGGGGGGUUGUGAUGGGAGCAUUUGCAUCAAAUGGCCUGGGUUCUCUACACAUAUUGAGGACUUGAUGGCGCAGCUGUGGCGCGAUGAAGCUGAGACAGACGUCCAUGUUGUCUGCCAGGAUGGGACAGUUAAGGUCCAUGCUAUCAUCAUUGCCCUCUUUUCCCCUUCCAUGGCAGAAAUGUUGAAAACCUGCCAGGUGCAAGAUGACCAUGGAGUGACCAUCCUGAUGCCAGAUUUUCAUUUGCAGGACCUCACCAAGUUCUUUUACCUCCUUUACCACCAUCACACUGAACUUGUGGCUUCAGAUGCCUCAGUCUUGUCUGAAAUAGCUUCAUGUCUAACAAUGGACCUCUCCCUCUCGGGUCCCUUUGGGGAUCAUCUUGUAAGCUCCAAACCGCUGAGAAAAUCAAAGGUGGAGGAUGACCCAGAAGUUCCCCUGAAAGAAAACUGCCUGAAUCAAGAUGAUGAAAAGGAAGCAUUUAAACCUCUGAAGAAGAGGAAGAAGUGUUCAAAUGGUGCCAAAAAAAAGUUUCCAGAUGGUGCUCAAAGAAAGAGACGAUUGAAGGUGUCAAACAAGGACAAGGCCAGGCAAAGCCCAGUUGAGGAGGUUGCACUUGAUGACACCUUGGAAAAUGCAAUGUUAAAGAUUAUUUCAACUGAAGAUCUGCAAGAAAAAGAUACUGUUGCAACUGAAGAUGAGAAUAAAAUCCCCGAAGAUGAAGGAUCAAUGGACUUCAAGUGUCCAAAGUGUGGGAAGACAUUGAAGGCCUGCACAAAACAAAGAAUGGAGCAGCACCUCCGCACCCAUGAAGCCAAGAACCGUCUCUACACCUGCGAUGACUGCCCUCGUACCUUCUCCCAUGCAAGCGUCUUGAGAGACCACAAACGUGUUCACAGUGUGUAUGUCACUGAGUGCCUUAUCCCAUCAGCAUGGGGACAGCAGAAGUUGCUGUCCGGCUGA